AUGGAAAAGAUUGACAGAAGAAAAGGGUGCAGAAAUAAUAAAAAACAGAGAUUGAAGAAAAAGGUACAGAAGUUAAGGAGGCUUUACAAGCAGGCUGAACGGAAUCUAAAAAACCAUGUUGAACUGGUUGAACUUCUGGGGAUUGCAAAUACAGAACAGGGUUCAAAAGUAGCCGGAAACAAAGGAUUCUUUUUUAUCGGAGACGGUGCCCGUCUUAAUCGGGCUCUAAUUAAUUUCGGUCUCAAGUUUCUGAGGGACAAAGGGUAUCCAGAAAUCCGCCCUCCAAACUUCAUGAGGACAGAAAUCAUGGGAAAGUGUGCCCAAUUGUCUGAAUUUGACGAAGCACUUUACAGAAUAACCGGUGAUGGAGUUGACAAAUACCUUAUAGCAACAUCUGAGCAGCCAAUGUGUGCUUAUCACAUGGAUAAAUGGAUCCAUCCGUCCGAGCUUCCGCUCCGAUACGCCGGGUAUUCGAGCUGUUUUCGCAAAAAAGCCGGCUCUCACGGAAAGGAUACACUUGGGAUCUUUAGAACUCGUGAGUUUGAUAAAGUGGAGCAGUUCUGUAUGACCAGCCCAAAUGGCAAUGAGUCCUGGAUUAUGUUUGAUGAAAUGAUUCAAAACUCGGAAGAGUUUUACCAGAAGCUGAAAAUCCCGUACCGAACAGUGAACUAUGUAUCGGGUGCCUUAAUCGAUGCGGCUGCAAAGAAGUAUGAUUUGGAAGGAUGGUUCCCUGCUUCUGAAACCUACAGAGAACUUGUGUCCUGUUCUAACUGUACGGAUUAUCAGUCGAGCAGAUUGGAGAUUCUGUAUCGGCAAAAAAAGGGUGAUGAAAAAGAGAAACAGUAUGUGCAUUUGUUGAACUGUACACUCACAGCUACAGAGAGGACAAUGUGUUGUAUUCUUGAAAACUAUCAGAGGGAAGGUGGUGUUAAAAUACCGGAAGUCUUACAACCAUUUAUGGAUGGAGUGAAGUUCUUACCAUUUCGGAAGAAAUCUGACGAAGGCAAAAACCCAAAAGCAAAAGGCAUCUAA